AUGUACCUCAGUCCAGGACGAACUGCAUCAUCCACGUGGGAGCCCUCGGGUCAACGACUGCACGGGUUCCUGCAGUGGCCUCUUGUCAAGCCGUGGACGCUGUCACGAGACGAUGUGAGACUGGUGGCGCAGGAGCUCAUCGCUGGCAUACACGACACACAUACGUUGAGCCAUUGCCAAACACCAUCCACCAUGCUCCCCACCACAAAACUGGCCGACGCGCCUGUAGUGCCCAUACUGUUUCUGGGUGAUUCGGGCGUGGGCAAGUCGACGCUACUUUCCCGCCUCUCUGUUGGUUCCGACUCCAAGAAACCACUCCCUCAACUUCGAGACCUCGACCAGCCGUACGUCUUCAACAUCAAGCUUUACAACAGGUCGUACCGAUUCGAGCUGUACGAUACUGCUUCGCCAACAAGCUACACCCUGCUUCGCCCCGCCGUCCUCGUUCUGUGCUUCAACAUUGGCGAUCCAGCCUCUCUUGAUAGCUUACACACUACCUGGAAACGCAUUGUGGAGGAGCACUUCAAUUACGACGAGUCGCUGCCGGUGAUAGUCUUGGGUCUGCAACGGGACAUACGGACCAAAGAAGACUAUGGUGGCCAAGUUCGGACGAUGGCUGCGGACGCUGAGAGCGGGGCAGACACAGCUGCGCUCAAUGGCAGAACGUUCGUAUAUCCACAAGAAGGGCUAAGAGUCGCCCAGGAGAUGAGGACGGAUCGAUACUGCGAGUGCUCAGCCUUGACUGGCGAGCUCUGCAGGGAAGUGAUUGAAGACAUCAGCAAGACGGCAGCAUUGACAACGACAGACAAGGGUGGGAGAACGGAAUACCAAUGCGCUGUGAUGUGA